AUGGAUGUCAAUGCCCAGUUCAUGAACGAUACAGUCGAGCGGCGACGUCUUCAAAAUCGCCUAGCUCAGCGCAAAUUCCGCGAGAAGAGGAAGCGGAGGGUGGUGGACAAUGAGGUUCUAGAGACGUCUCAAGACCCAUCACAAUCGACAUCAACCGCAAACAACACAGGGGAUUUUCCAAUCAACUCCUUACCUCCGUUCACAAAUGCGCUCUCCACACUGCCAGGAGCUUUGUCUCCAAUCGAAAUUCCGAUCGCUAGCACAGAGACAGGACUGGCAGACAACUUCAAUCUCGAUGCGAUUGACCAGUUCUUGUACGAAACCAGUCACGAUUUCUCCUACUCUUUUUCCGAUCCAUCGCCUGUCCAGUCAAAUUUGGUAGGGACGAAUUUCACCCAAAGCAAAUCCUCCGACCCCGCUUCACGCAAUAUACCCCCCAACAGUACAAGAAUCGAUCAUUCCAGGUCGCUGUCUCGAUCCGGAGAUAAUAAUAGCCUGCCACUACAUCGCAGGACAUCUGAUUCUAAUAUUCGCCCGGGGAGUCCGGGCCCCCAACCACCGCAAUCACACAAUGAAGAUAGGCUCAUUACCUCGGCCAGAGAUGAUGAGGGAUGGCUUAGCACCCUCCACAUCGCCGCGCAGAAGGGCCACGAGAGGAUUGUUCGAGUUCUUCUGCUCCGCGGUAACAUGGAUGCAAACAAUCAAGAUAGCGACGGUCGCACACCCUUGACACACGCGACUAUUGAGAAUCACGAGUCUGUAGUCCGCCUACUACUCUCCAACGGCGCUCGAAUAGCCGUGUAUGAUUGUGACGGCCGUUCUGCGCUGCACUGGGCUGUUUUACAUCGGCGACUCGAGAUACUCCAGCAAUUGCUCGAGCAUCGCGCCAAAUACGAGCGUAAUUUGGAUAUUGAUGUGUACGACAAUUCUGGCUGGACCCCAUUGCAUAUGUCCGUGGAUAGAGCUUUCGAGGCUGGGAUCUUGAUGCUCCUCCAGGAAGGUGCGGAUAUUAACGCCAAAGCACACAAAUGUCCGUAUACAGGCAAGAUCCUGCCCCUGAUGGAUCGGCCGCGAUAA